AUGGCCGAACAAUUGAUGGGAGCCGUAAUCGCGAUGGCCGGCGACCAAUGUGUGGCCAUUGCUUCAGACCAUCGUUACGGCAGAGGUUCAAUAACUUUAGCUACAAAUUAUGAGAAGGUUUUCCAGGUUGGCAAACAUCUCUUUUUGGGAAUUGCCGGCAUUCCAACGGAUUCAGAACGCAUUUUAAAGAGGAUGCGUUUUAGAAAGAAUGUGUACGAAGUCAACGAGAGCAGAAUAAUGACACCGCAAGUUUAUGCAAAAAAUUUGUCGAAUAUAUUGUACGAAGCUCGCUUUUCUCCUUACAUGGUCGAGCCAGUGAUUGCAGGCUUAGAAUACCCCGGUAAGCUUGAACAACUUCAUUCAGAAUAA